AUGCAAAAUGAAAAAUCACUCUUGGAACUCACUCAUUUGCUGGUCGAAAAGGACUAUUCAUGGAUGGCAUCAAGGGAAGAUGAUGUUCGCCGUGAUGAUGAUAGGAACCAUACCCCAUUGCUCAUAGCGGCUAGAAACGGAAUAUCAGAAAUUGUGAAAAAGAUGUUGGAGUUACACCCUCAAUCGGUUGAGGCUCACGAUAUUGAUGAGCAACAAAACAUUUUGCACGUGGCCAUUAUGCAUCGCUGGAUGGAGAUCUUUAAGCUUAUAAAAAAGAGCAAAUCAAUAACAUCAAGGAUGGCUAUGAAGAUUGACAACAAUGGCAACACCAUAUUGCAUCAAGCUGCAACUAUGGUAUAUUACUCAGCAGACACUCAGCGCCUAGGUGGUCCAGCGUUACAAUUGCAGGACGAAUUGCGUUGGAUGGCGGUGAGUGUCAUGAGUUAUGUAAUUAAUUGA